GCUUGGCCUGCUGUGGCGUCACAUCCGGAGCAAUCGUUUGCAUUUCGCGCACGAAGCGGACACCUGUAAUUCCUCCAGGUUCUGAGAGAGUUUCACACCUCGCGGGCAACCAUGGCAAACCAAUCGAUGGAUAUCAUAGCAAAGGUUUUGGAGCAGUCGGCCAAGCUGGUGGAGGAGCAGGUGGAUGCACAGUUGACCAAACUGAAUGAAAUGGAUGAAGAAGAUCUAGAGAGGCUGAAGGAGAGGCGAUUAGAGGCACUUAAAAAAGCCCAGAAACAGAAGCAGGAGUGGCUGUCUAAAGGCCACGGGGAGUACAGAGAAAUCCCAAGUGAGAAAGAUUUUUUCGGCGAGGUCAAGGACAGCAAGAAUGUUGUCUGCCACUUCUACAGAAAUUCCACCUUCAGAUGUAAGAUCCUCGACAAACACUUGGCUAUCUUGGCAAAGAAGCAUAUCGAGACCAAAUUCAUCAAGCUGAACGUGGAAAAGGCCCCAUUUCUGACAGAGAGGCUGCGGAUCAAGGUGAUGCCCACGCUGGCUUUGCUGACAGACGGAAAAACAAAGGACUAUGUGGUUGGAUUCACUGACUUGGGAAACACAGACGAGUUUCCAACAGAGAUGCUUGAAUGGAGACUCGGCUGUGCAGAUGUUAUUAACUACAGUGGUAACCCGAUGGAGCCACCCACAGUGACGCAGAGAUCAGGCACAAAGUUUACAAAAGUGGAGAAGAAAACCAUCAGAGGUGGAGGUUACGACUCAGAUUCAGAUUCUGGAGAUGACUGAAAAGCACUGACAGUCGCCUGGUUUUCUCUCUCAGGGCUACCUCAUUAAAAAAAAAAAAAAAAGUCAAGCAGAAAGCCCGCUUUAAUUUUCCUCCUCUCCUUCUCUCGCUGACUAACCGAUUCAUUACAAAUUUCCAUAUUUUAAAUCAAAUUAUUUUAUGAAAGUAUAAAGUUUUAGUUUCAGCCUUAUUUAAUGAAUGGUAUGCCAUGUUUUAUAUUUGAAUAACUACAUAACGGCAUAUAGACAGGUGAAAAAUGAAAGGAAAACCCAACAUGAAGUGUCUUAGUAAGGUGUUGGGCCACCAAGUGCUGCCACAACAGCGUCAGUGCUCCUCGGCAUUGAUUCUACACAUCUAUGGUGCUCUACUGGGGGGAUGAACACCAUUCUUCCUACAUAUGGUGAGCGCUGUCUUAACAUGUCGGUCCAAAAUCUCCCAUAGUUGUUCAUUGGGUUGAGAUCUAGUGACUGCGAAGGCCACAGUAUAUGAUGCAUAUCAUUUUCAUACUGAUCAAAUCAAUGACCCCUCAUGCCCUCCGGAUGGUUGAGAUAUGGUAUGAGAUAGUAAAGAAAAUGAAAGAUUUACCGCUCUCACUAAAGUUUGCUGACCUCUUCUCUAAGGAGACAAAUAGAACCAAACCAUGCCAGCAAAAUGCCCCCCCCCCCCAGGGCAUAACGGAGCCUCCGCAUCCACUCACUGUAGGGGUCAACUAUUCAGGCCUGGCUUUUAUAUACCUGCCACAUGACUGGAUGUACCAUGCAGUGUACCUGUGUGGAAGCAUCUGCAUUUGUUAUGUGUCUGUACUUAGUCAGCUUUUUCCUUUUCAUUUGUUACCUGUCUGUACAUGCACUUCAAAAGAGACAUUAUACAUCAAAUUGUGGAAGAUAUGUUUCACUGAGCCACUGCUCAGGUCAUCAACUAGCUCUUGUGUUUUUUUUUUGUAUUCUUGAUUUUGUCUCUCUAUUGGCUAAAAUCCUAAAAAUUUGUCUUGAAUUACAGGCGUGCUCAUUUAGGUAUUUCUGUUUAUUUCAUGUUUCCUUGUGACUGAGUCUGAUGUUUGAACAGAAACCAUGAUGCAUGAGUGCCAAGAUCAUCUUUUAGCAUCAGAUUACAUUUUCACACAACGUUUCCUUGUAGCAAGAGUGUGACUUAACCUAAUGCAGACUUAAUAAAAAGUAUAAAAGGUC